AUGACGUCGAUUUCGUUACUUCUGAUAAUAUUGCUCGCACCUUUGCGGAAAACAUUGGAAUUUAUUGAUGAAAGCGCUUGUCCAUUUGGUUGGCAAUCGUCGGGAAGUGCCUGCGUUCGACCAUUUUUGAUAGCCAAGGAUAAAGAAGGCGCGCAAAAAGAAUGUGGACUUGCUGGUGGACGGCUCGUCUCACCCACUGAUUCGCUACUUAUUGGAGAUCUCGUCGAUCUUCUACAGAGCCUCUACGAUUUGGGAUUAGCUGAAACAACUUGGUUGCUUGGGUCGGAAGGAGAGGAUUUCACGGAAAAAGAGGCCGAUUUGUGGAGAACAUCCGCUUUGAGGAGAGAUCCGACCGGAGAAUAUAGAAUUAAUCCGACGAAUAAAAAAAGUCGCGAUUUAUUGGAACAGCCGUCCCAGCCUCAGCUGUUUAUCCCUUCGUCUGCAGUCUUUCACAUAUCGCAAGGAGAAGAUUAUUUAUUUCAACAACAAUUGAUACCAAAAGGCGCUGUCCAUUUGAGCGGGAAUUCCCCGGCGUCAAUCUAUUUCUACCCGCGUCAACUAACGGAUUUUGUCGCUUUACCGUGCACAGCUGAGGGUCAUCCGACACCAAGAAUUACUUGGCACAAAAACGAUGUUGAACUAGUCUCAGCAACCGAUUCGAAUUCCUCAUUUCUUCUAUCGGGUGGCACACUUUUAGUUCCAGCGACUCCAAAUCUUGCGUACACGAAAUUUCACUGCACCGCCUCUAAUAAACUCGGCUCGGUUCGAGGCGCAUCCGUGUUGGUGAGAGCGGCUUUCGUGGAAGCAUUUGCAACAAGGAGAUUCGAUGCAUUCCCGUUAGCUGAUGGAGGAGCUCGACUUGAAUGCAUGGCACCAGCACAUCAACCAAAGUCGAUCACUUAUGCGUGGCACAUUGGUGGAUCAACGGAAAGAUAUCGAGCACAAGAUCAACGAGUUUUCAUUUCCCUUGAUGGAACGCUUCUCUUUUCACACGUGCUUGCUGAAGAUGAUGAAAGUUAUGCCUGUUCUCUCUCAUUGGCCUCAAUGUCUUCUGGACAUUACGGUCCAUUCUUUCGUUUACGAGUUCCCCCUGCAACUCUUCCAUCACCAACUAGAGAAGCUUUCCCACCAAGACUCGAAGUCGGUCAUCCACAGCUUUUCCCAGAACGACCAGCUCCAGGCGAUACAGUCUAUAUUGAAUGCUUUGCGUAUGGAAACCCGGUUCCAUCUUAUCGAUGGACAAGAGUCGACGGGAAACCUUUACCUGAUCGAAGUACCGUUUUGAAUCACGAUCGAGUGUUGAAAAUUGAGAACCUUCAACCACACGAUCAGACAAGAUAUAAAUGUACAGCAGCAAAUGUAAAAGGAGUGGUGAGUGGGGAAGUGACGCUGAUUUUGGCCGGACCACCAGUUGUUCUUCUUCCGUUAGCUCCUCGAUUAGUUGCAACAGAAUCGGAAUGGUCGCUUGAAUGUACACUUCCGUCAUCUGAUCUCACAUCACAAGUUGAAUGGUUUCGAAAUGCUCGUCCCUUGGUUCCACUUCUUAUGCCAGCACACGAACGUCGCCGAUUCACGAUUGAUCACAAUUUAUUACUCAUUCGAGAAACGAAACCAAAUGAUACCGGAAUUUAUGAAUGUGUGGUCAGCAAUGAGAUUGGAUCAACAGUCAGCUCUUCGUUCAUUAAAGUGCUCGACGCGGCGCCAAGAUUUCCGCCUCUUUCAAUGCCAUCAAAGGUUUUUGCGUUAAAAGGGACAACUUUGAGACUUCCAUGUGUUUAUCAAGCCUCACCAUUGGGAACAGCUUUUUGGUCGACUGGUGGCGGGACAAAUUUGCCCACAAAAGGGCGAAUCAGAGAUCAAAAUGGACUACUUGUCAUUGAGAAUCUUAUUUCAGAUGACGCUGGUCUUUUCUUUUGCAUCGUUCGCAAUCGUCUUGGCGAAGAUCAUGCAGCUGUCACUUUGGUUGUCAGUGAUAAAAAAGAGAUUCGCGCAAAGAAUGGGACAAUGAUCUGGGAAAGCGGACGAAAUGUCACUUGUGAGGUUCAGCAUGAGGAAGAAGUCGUCAGGAAGCCCUCCUUUUGCCGAUCUAUUUUUGGAGAAUCUGAUGGGAUCUCGAUAUCGAAAGGAUCCCCACCAGCACCAUUAAAGGUGAAUGCUGUGAACAUUUCUCGUUUCGGAGUCGAUCUCUAUUGGAUUUUGCCAGCGCAGCAUCGAGAAACACGACAAAAUCCGCCUGUGGAAGAAAGUUUCUUGAUUGAAGUGCGGUCGAAAGAUGAUCGACGAUGGAAAACGGUCAAUCGGUCAAUGUUUCAGCGAAUUGAGAAAUCUGUGGAUCGAACAACGGUCGAUGAUCUUUUACCGAAUCAAGACUAUCAGUUCCGUGUGCGCUCGGUGCUCGGCGGACAGAUCGGCGACGCAUCAGCGCCAACAGAAUGGAUUCACACUCCGGCAAGGCCACCCACCGAGGCUCCACAAAGUCUCUCGUGGAAAGCACUCGAUCAAAGCACGAUUUUCGUUGAGUGGGAUGCUGUGGAACAGGAGCAUUCAUCUGGUGACCACCUUCGCUAUUUGGUGACAUGGUCAGAAGAGGCGGCCGAAGGGACGUAUACAAAUGGAUGUCGAGCAGUUAUCCUUGAGGUUCGGGCUUUAAACGAUCAAGGACCAUCAGAUACAGCGACGGAUGCUGUUGCAUUUGUGAAUUCAAAAGGCUCAAUGCGUCAUGUGAACAUCACCGAAAUCCAGGCCUUAAAUGCCACUCAUUUAAAUAUUUCUUGGAGUUGGCAUGGAGCGAGCGACUGUGACGUCACAUUUGCCAUUCAGAUUGAAUGCUUUGCUCCGGAUCAUUUGGUCGGCCCUUUGACCGUCUCUGCUUCAUUCACUAAAUGGAUGGUCGGCGGAUUGAAAGCGUCAACAAUUUAUCGAUGUUCUCUAACACCGGUGGACCCUAGUGGAAGACUUGGAGCAAGAACAGAAACAGAAGCUGUCCGAACCGCAAAACCACCUCCACCCGCAGCUCCUACAAUUGGGCGGCUGGGAUUGGCUGCAAUGCCGGAUGGACAUUUCACUACGAUUAUCGAAUGGACUUCAGUUGAUUUCGGGAAUAUCACAGAUACCACCGAGCUUGGCUACAAGAUCUUUGUCUACAUUUCUGAAACCGCUUCCGAUGCUGUUGUUUUGAAUAUGCCUCUGAAAGCGCUAGUCGACCCUCAACAACCAUCUGCCCGUUUGGAUGGCUUACGACUCAUGUACAAAUACACAGUACAGGUUGCUGCCUAUAAUGCUGGAGGACUUGGACCAAGGAAGAUUGAAUACAAAUUUGUACAGAGUAACAUUCAAUAUUCUAGUGCUUAUGAUGUUUCUUGUGAUGCUUCUUGUGAUGAUGCUCAUCAGAAUGCUCGUGAUGUCCGUGCUCGUGGUGCUUGUGCUCAUGGUGUCCAUGUUCAUGAUGUCCGUGCUCAUGAUGAUGUCCAUGCUCGUGAUGUCCGUGCUCGUGUCCAUGUUCGUGGUGCUUGUGUUCAUGAUGCCCAUGCUCGUGGUGUCCGUGCUCGUGUCCAUGCUCGUGGUGCUUGUGUUCAUGAUGUCCAUGCUCGUCGUGUUCGUGUCCGUGCUCAUGAUGCUUAUGAUGUUUCUUAUGAUGCUUGCCAUGUUUCUUAUGGUGAUCAUGCCCGUGCUCAUGAUGAUGGCCGUGCUCAUGAUGUCCGUGCUCAUGAUGUCCAUGUUCGUGAUGGUGGCCGUGUUCAUGAUGUCCGUGUUCGUGGUGCUUGUGUUCAUGAUGCCCAUGCUCGUGGUGUCCGUGCUCAUGAUGAUGUCCAUGCUCAUGAUGUCCAUGUCCGUGCUCAUGGUGCCCGUGCUCGUGAUGGUGGCCGUGUUCGUGAUGUCCGUGCUCAUGAUGCUUAUGAUGUUUCUUAUGAUGCUUUCCAUGCUUCUUAUGGUGAACGUGGGCAUGCUCAUGAUGAUGGCCAUGCUCAUGAUGUCCGUGCUCAUGAUGUCCAUGCUCAUGAUGGUGGCCAUGUUCAUGAUGUCCGUGUUCAUGAUGGUGGCCGUGUUCAUGAUGGUGGCCAUGCUCAUGAUGUCCGUGCUCAUGGUGGUGGCCGUGUUCGUGAUGUCCGUGCUCAUGAUGCUUCUUAUGGUGUUUGCCAUGUUUCUUGUGAUGAACAUGCCCGUGCUCGUGAUGGUGUCCAUGUUCAUGGCCAUGCUCGUGAUGAUGACCGUGCUCAUGGUGUCCAUGUCCAUGUCCGUGCUCAUGAUGAUGGCCAUGCUCAUGGUGUCCAUGCCCGUGCUCAUGAUGCCCAUGUUCAUGAUGGUGGCCGUGUUCGUGAUGUCCGUGCUCGUGGUGGCCGUGCUCAUGAUGCUUAUGGUGUUUGCCAUGUUUCUUGUGAUGAACAUGCCCGUGCUCGUGAUGGUGUCCAUGUUCAUGCCUGGUGUCCGUGUCCAUGUCCAUGUCCGUGCUCA